GCUGGAGGCGGCCCACUUUAGGGAGUGGUACUCGUCUCCAGAUAUCUGCUUAUCAGUCCUGUGCCGGUCUGGCCAACCCCCGCAGCAAGGAUGCUCCUGGGGUUCCGGAGAGGCGGCAAGAGGCAGUUUAAACGCAUCAUCCAUGGCCUUCUCCCUGCAGCCAGCAUCGCACCGAAGCCAGCUGUGCCCCGCACACCUCCUCCACGCAGCCCCAACCCCUCUCCAGAGAGACCAAGAUCUGCUCUGGCUGCAGCCAUUCUAGCAACAACAUUGACUGGCCGGACUGUUGCCAUUCCUCAGCCUCGCCGGAGAUCCCACUCUGAGAGUGACACGACCUACAUUGAAAAGGACAGUUUCAUCGAGCCCUAUGCCACCACCUCGGAGCUGAGGCAUCAACCACAUAGGCAGAAUGAGACUGGAAGAAGAUCUUCUUUGCCAUCGUUUGAAAUGCUGGGCUACGAGGAGGAAGAGGACGCUGACACGCACCUGUCAUGCAGCCACAGGGAGCUGGGGGACACAAGUGCUUGCAAAGAAGAGGGAAGCCUCAGCGACGCCGUGUAUGCCAUGCCACACAGAAAUCAGGUUCCAUCGUCACAUGGGGUGGACAGUGAAGAUGAGGAACAUAUUUCUGAGCAAGAUGGGUUUCCAGGCUCACCUGUUCCACCAGAGCAUACACAAGAAAAAGAUGGUAAACAUUCUAUUCUGAAUUUAAAGGAUGAAAAACCACCAUUGUGUGGAAAACCUCCACCCUCUCCAGAUGUAAAUGGUGGAACACAUCGAAGACAUAUAGAAAUAACCAAAGAAAAGUUUGAGGAAUUAAAAGAAGAAAAUUUGCAUCUAAACAAUGCAAAUCAAACCCUUACUCUUGAACUUAACAUAAUAAAAAAAACAAUGAAAGAACUACAGUUAAAACUUAAAAGGAUGGAAAAAGAAAAUGGAAAGCUGAAAGAAGUUGAGAAAGCAUCCUCUCAGGAAGUCGCUGCACCUGAAUUACAUUAUCUAAGAAAACAAGCUCAAGAACUGGUGGAUGAAAAUGAUGGAUUGAAAAUGACUGUUCAUUGUUUGAAUGUAGAACUGAGUAGAUAUCAAACAAAAUUCAGACAUUUAUCCAAGGAAGAGAGUUUAAAUAUUGAAGGCCUCCCACCAAAGGGCCCUAUACCUCCCUGGCUGGUGGAUACAAAAUACCUGUCCCCCUUGUUGCUGGCCUAUGAAGACAGAAUGAAGGAGAAGGACAAGCUCAAUGCCAGCCUUCAGGAGGAAAUGAGAACGUUUAAGAUGAGAGUCCAAGAAGUAGUGAAGGAAAAUGAAGAACUGCACCAAAAGCUGAAUAAGAAUAGUCUUGUCACCAGUGAGGAAUGGCGUCAGCUCCAGACUCAAGCAGAACUGGUUUUAGAGGAAAACAAGUUGUUGAUAGAGCAGUUGGAGAUUCAGCAAACAAAAGCCAAGGACACGCACCAGGAGCAUCUCCAGGAAGUUUCUAAACUGACUAAACAGCUAAUGCUUCUGGAGACUAAAACACAGAGCCAAGAAAAGGAGCUAACUAAAAGUAAGGAGCAAUUGGACACUUUACGGACGGAAUGCCAGGAACUAAAAAUACAGCUGGACAGCAGAGUUGCAAUAGAAGUUCACACUUCAAUUGUAAAUGAAUUAAAAAGCCAGUUGCAGAAGGAAGACGAGAAAGAAAAUGCUGAGAUGGAAGAGUUGAUGGAAAAGUUGGCAGCCCUGCAAGUGCAGAAAAAGAGCCUGCUAUUAGAGAAGAAAAAUCUGACGGCUAAAAACAAGGCGCUGGAAGCUGAACUCGAAAAGGCACAGAAAAUAAAUAGGAGAUCUCAAAAGAAAAUUGAUGUCUUCGAAAAGCAGGUGGAAAAAGCCAUGGAGAACGAAAUGUCUGCUCACCAGUACCUGGCAAAUCUUGUUGUCCUGGCAGAGAAUAUAACCCAGGAACGUGACAAUCUUAUGUAUUUGGCUAAAUGUUUAGAAAGUGAGAAGCACGGAGUUCUCAACAAAAUCAUAGAAGGCAAUAUUCGCUUGGGAAGGUUGGAGGAAAAAGUCAAGGGGUACAGGAAGCAGGCGGCACUGAAGCUGGGUGACAUCAGUCACCGUCUGACAGAGCAGCAGGAAGACUUUGCUAGCAAGACGGCUCAGUACCAGCAGGAGAUGAGGUACCUCCAUCGGAUGCUGCAGGACAAGCAGGAUGUCCUGGACAAGGCACUGCAGCAGAAAAGAGAAAUGGAAGGUGAGCUUGAGGUUGUUUGGGAGUCCACCUCCAAGGAAAACCAAAGGAUCCGAGAACUUCUCCAGGCCACGCUGGAGAGGACAGGCCCGUGGGACAACACCAGAGCUUUCGUGGACCGCUGCCUGGAUGGCACCUCUCAGGGAGACAUGCAGGAUGGCUGCCGCUUCAGCUUCUGUGACCUGAAGCCACCUCCCACCUCCUACCAGGGUCUGCAGGAGCCCCUGGGCUAGGGCCCCUCGGCGGAGACGUCUGCCCUACGCAGGACAGGGAGCGCCAAGGAGAGGGCAGACUCCCGCCCACCGCUGCAGCGUUGUUUUUUUACAUUUUGCUUUAUUUUUAAAAUGUGCUGCUGAACUAUAUUUAGCCAGCGCACGUCCUCUGACCCCACUGCCACCGAGCCGGGCUCUGUGAGAUCCAUUGCUCAGGCUAACAGGUGACCUGGCAAGCUGGCCUGUCUCCGGGCUCCUAGAUCUGCUCUGAGAAAGCCCCAGAGGGAAGGGCGGGCAGGCCCGAGCGCUCAGCCUGUGUGUUUGAUGAGUUAGUUUCAUUGGCUGAGCGGUCGAUGGAAGCCCCAGCGCUGAGACCUGUGCAUUCACUCUGGGUGGUAUUUUAUUGUUUGGCAAAAAACAGGUGCUGGUCUUCCUGUCCCAGUAGGUUGUACAAAAUCUGUCCUGCCCUCUCCCCGAGCCCUUCCCUGUCCUCCCAGAAAGGUAAUUUUUCUGGGGCCAUGUAACCUCCCUCCCCGCUGAGAGCCUUGACUUUGCACACCAAGGUGGGGUUCCUGCCCCACUGCCACCACCGAGAGGGUGCUGGGGCCGUGGUCCUGCUCCACCCGGUGCCACCUCCUCAGGUAGAUUCAUCCCUGCCUCCAGGACCUGGGACUCCUGGCGGUAAUGCCAGCUGUCUAGGGCUGCUUGCCCCCGGCAUGCUGGAAGAAGGCUACAGAGGAUCCUAAACAGUGUAUGGAGGGUAGAAUCCUGUCACAUCCUUUUACCAAACCCCUCAUAGCUAAGGCCUGUGUGGUUUCAGGUGUGCAGAUAGACCCAGCGUUGGUCCCUGGUCAUAUAUAAAAGUUACACAUGUGCUUUUUGGUUGCUAAGUGGGAAGUUAAGAUAG